GCUUGGUCCGAUCUCAUGCAGUGGGCCGAGUAUCAUCACUCCUCCAUCAUCAACGCGACGCUCGCGUGCUACAUCCACAAGAAGGACUUCGUCCCCGAUGUCACGAACAAGUACCUGCUUCAGCUCUCGCUCAACUACAUCAACGACCCCUCGCUCCCGGUCGAGAAGAAGUUCGAGUUGCGUGGAGCGCACUUUUCUUCCAAGGACGAGCCUCUCUGCGCACCGCUUUACAAGGUGGUCUUCGCCCAGCGUCCUGCGGCGGUCGAGAUAGGCAAGAUGGAGAUGGGCAGGAAGCUGUACUGGGGCACCGGCGCUUACCUCCUCAUGGCGCGCUUCCGUCCCGACCAGGUCCAGUUCGGUACGGACGGCAUCCCUUUCUGGAAGCACUUUGGAAUCGACGCUCUGCAUGCGAUGGCGAGGCCUGCAUGCCGCAACCCUCUGGACCAGCUCGAGGAGAACCUGAUGGAGGGUCUUAAGAUGAAGUUCUGC